AUGGUUUCAAUUGAUGAUUGGAGGAAGGAGUGCACUUCAGAGGAUCAUGUGCAGCGUCAGUACUUUGCCAGAAAUGCUUUACAACGAAACUUCCGAGGGGAUGUGCAGCGGCGAGUGACGUCAUCAUCAUCGCCUUCCACCACGGCGGUGAUUGAUUGCUGCUGGGCCAGAGGACACCACACAGGUGGGAUGUUAUCCACUGUUUCAUCAGCCCUUUCUCCGUGUCUUUUCUGCGCUCUCUCCAGUGGUAGUGUCUGCAUUCUGAACACAUCGAAUUUCGUAAAGACGUAUCUGUUUGAGAGUGAUACAGAACGACGGAGUCAAAAAUCUGAUCAAACAUCGAAAAAAGAAAUUCCAAAUCAGCAAGAAUGCUGCCGUGAUAAUCUAACUGCCAUUGAUUGUUUCCUUCUCCCUCGUUCUGGAUCACGGAGUGCCGUUUCACCAUCAGCAACAGUAGCCGCAACAGCAGGGGGAAUAGGACGAGGAACGACCUCAGAGACGGAGGAGUCUUCAGUAAUUGUGUGCGCCGUAGCGGAGGGAUGGCUCUGCACAUUUGCUGUUGACGCCGACACUCCCACACACUCGCGCUCCGUUAGUGUGAAGGCGGGAACUGUACACAAGGCUGUUGAGUUGCCAUCUAAUGAUGUGCUUCCAUCAAAGGGAACAUGGGAAAAGAUGUGGAUUCGCUUUAGCGCGAAGGGCUCACGAAUCGUCGUGGUGACUACAUGGAAGGCACCGUGUGGACGCAAUACCACAACGUUUGGUAUUUCAAAUGGCGAGGAGGAUUAUAUUCAGUAUGGGGCGCAUUUUUGCGUUCUUAAGCGCCGGGAAGGUGGGGCGUUAGAUGCGUACACUGUGGAGAAGCCAUGGACCCAGGUAUCUGCUGCCAGUGAGAGAACUUCGGCAGAAUUGUUGCAUGUUGUCUGGUGGGAUGAUGAUGAGAGCAUGAUGCUUACAGUUUGGACAGAUGGUACUGUGUCACUCAUCAAUUUAGAGCUGAAAACCAUUAGACAUACCUCAGUGUUUUAUAGCAGUGUGGAACAAACUCCUGGUCGUAUUACAGCGGCAACAGCUGUGGCUCCAAUUACUAACAGCAGUAUAAAUGGGGGACGAAGUGGUGGUACACCUCCUCAGUCAGGUCUUUUAGCGUUAGUAGUGGAUGGAAAUAUUGUAAUGGUGUUCACUGUAUAUGAGUUGCUGGUUCCUCAUGUGCAUGCUACAGAUAGUGUUGAGGAGGCACCACUGAAAGCUGCAAAAACUGAAGUGAAUGAAAAUGAGAAAAUGAAAAAAGGUCUCAAGUUACGACCUGCGCAUCAAACAUACUGUAGUGAAGACAUUCCCGUUCGUGAUCUUGCCCUUUUUGACAACUUCAUUCCCUACACCUUGGCUGUACUACUGGAGAGUGGAGCACUACUCACGUUUGACUCAGUUACCAUGGAACUUCUUUACCAUCGUCCACUCCAACGUCUCUUUCCCGCAGUAGGAGCCAAGACAAGACACCAGGUCCAGGAGAAGCGUGAUGACACAGCUAAAACGGAAAGCCAAUGUCAAUGCAGAAGUUACUUCAUUAGACCAAGGGAGAGGCCUAUGGCUAUGUGCGUCAUGGAGCACAAUACCGUUGUUGUGUUACGUCCGCCUUAA